CCGCCGUCACAACCGCCCGCUUUCAUCCCUCGCACUCACUUUACACAUGUGAACUUUUUAUAAAAUAGUGCAGUGCUCUACCGAUUCGAAAUACGACAUUAAUUUGACAGUUACAUUUUUUUAUUAAGUGUCCAGAUCAUGGGUUUUUACGAAGUUGCCAGCCAGUGCGAGUUAUAGACCAUAAAAAAGGUCAACGAUCGCUGAACAGAAUGUUUUCCUUAUGCCGACGUUACAAAGAUGAUCACGAACAUGGCGCUACACAGAUCAAAGGCGGCUACAUGCUGCGAUACAAACGGAAAUAUUUAUGGAACUCCUGGUCAGAAGAAUGGGUGGUUCUGUAUGACGACUCAACUAUGGCAUGGUUCAAGGACGCAUCAGGAAAGUGCAUGGCGACUCAAAAGCACCUGGUAAAGGAGUGUCCGGAGAUGCUGGCCAUCUCGACGUGGACGGGCCAGGUGCCGCGCAGACCCACCUUGCCUCCAGGAGCCAAGCUAUCACAACUGAUGGCACUUGGUUCCCGCCGCGACCCCGGUCAUGUUGUCUGGAUGCUUGCAAAAUCUGAUGCGGAGAUGAAGGAUUGGAUGACGGCGAUUUCAAAAACGCUACCAGCCCCCCCUCACAUCGAGCUGGUAAUGGCCAUGCCGUACCUCCGCACAGCAUUCAAGAGACCAACCGUCAGAGUCAGACCAGCCACAUCAUCAGAGAUGUACACGAGGAACGCUCGCAGUGCUGUGGGAGCUCUGGACGGGCGUGGGCUGGUAGCCGUCAUCAAGCGCCAGGUGCCUUUAGCUGGACAACUCGACCAUCAGCUCGCUUGGGGACAAGGCUGGGGAUGGGUUACCUUGCCUAACGGAGUUUGGAGUGGACGUUUGACCUGGUCUCAAGAAGGCGAGGACUUUGCUCUUCACGCGAUGCCGAUCAUGCAUCACACCAACGUCUCCCAAGCCUGUUCCAUGCUGGAUGGAGUCACAGCAUACGAGGCGUCUGUCUAUGAGCAGGCCUUAGCAGAGUAUGAUGACACCGGCACCUCCGAUGAUUGGGACUUCGGAGUCGACUGUGGAGACUUCAUGAUGUAAAACUUCCAACAAGAAAACCAUCUUUAUCUAUGGAAAAACGCGCCAUUUUCGAAAAAAGAAGCCUUUCAUUUCUUGAUGAUUAUGAUAGUUCGUACCUAUUUGUACCGAAUGAUACAUUACUUUAACAUACUUUAACUACAGCAUGACUUUGUUGCUAAACGUGAAAUCAUAAGCUUACUUUGAGUAAAAUUGCGCGUUUUUUCCUAGACCAUCAUAAAUCCAAAGGACACAAAACUCUUUUGGUUAGAUUUAGACAAAUUAUUUAUCUAACCAAGAAAAUUACUACAUCGUGUUAUUUUUUUAAAGAGUGUCCGAUUAAGUAAAGCUAUACCUAAAUACUUUAAAUUUGUAAAAUGUUCAACAUUAUUUCGAAAUAAUAAAAUGCCAAAUAUAUUUUGUGUUAAACUUAAUAUUUAUGUAUAUUUACAAAAUGUGCGGGUCACAAAAAAAGUAUGUGCCAAUCGAAAAGUUCAUAAAUUGAAUGAAAUUCUCUAAACAUCUUAUG